GCACCCAAAGAAGGAUGUAUUUCUUGUGUUAAGUUGAUUUUGAAGCUCAAAUUCUCUCUUAAAAGCUAGAUGUGAUGAAGUUGGCAUUUUGUAGUGCUUGGAACUGAAGCUUGCCUCCACCAGUGGUUGAUGGGUUUCACUCAUUGUUUAUCUCAUGUGGCUAAUACAACAGAACUAAAACUCCGUAAGUAAAAACUUUAUUGUGUGGAGGGUGAAAAUAACUGGAUUCCACCAGCUUCUACUGGUGCAAAAUUAUUGUUCCUUUUUUUUUUUUUUUUUCUCUAUCAGGGAUUGAGGCAUUUGGAGUCAAGGCAGCAGAUGUAAAUAGAAAAAUCUUUACUUUAGUACCUCCAUUGUACUAGGUUUCAUAGCCACCCCAAAUCUGGUUGAAGGAGUAAAUAUGGUUUACUGGUUAUAAUGUUUUAUCUGUACUCUGAAUCUUAAGUCGCUAUUUGUUUGGUUUACUUAUUAAAUAUAAAGAAAAGAAAAGAUCAUAUACAACAGUAAAUUCAGGUGGACCAUGUUAGAUGUUGUCUUAGAUAGGUUAGUCCCAAUGAAUUAAUACGCCAUCGAGUUCCGCUUAUAAUUGAUGGUCCUUAUUGGAAUCUCUCAUUGGCAACAUAGAGUGAGGCUAACUGUGCACAAGUUCUUGAGGGGAUCAAUAGACAUAAUUCUUUUUACGUUACAAUGGUGUGGUUCCAUAAUGGUCUUGCUUGGAACAUCAGAGGGAAAAGCUUUUGCACUUAUGCAUGAGUUUCCAGUGUAAUACAUUUUUAAUGGCUCACUCAUGGAAAGUUGGAAACAACUUUCAGUUUCCAACCUUCCUCUUCAUAUCAACACUACUAGACCAUACCAUGAGCUGGAGAAGGAGGCACACAAUAAAGGUGUUCUGGCAGGACAAUCAAUUGACAUAGAUAUUCCGCCUCCACGCCCCAAAAGGAAACCAAGCAAUCCUUAUCCUCGAAAGUCUUGUUCAGCUGCUCCUACAUGGGCCACAUCGCAUGUGGCAGCCAAGGAUGGAAAACUUUUAUCAUCAACAUCAUCUUCGCAUUGUAAACAAGUACUGGACUUGGAGAAAGAACCACUUGAUGAGAGACCUACCAAAGAAGAAAAUCCAAGAAAUGGAAAAGAAAAUCAGGAUGAAAACUGCUCAGAAGUCUUAACUAUGCUACUAGAAGAUCAUUGUUCCUCUGUUUCUUCUGCAAACAAAAAUUCCAUACCCACACAGGUGGCAUUAAGAAAUGCUUGCACUUUUAGGGAGUUUGUGCCUUCCCCGAAAGAGGUAAUAAGUCAAGAUGUAACAAAUGAUUCUUAUGUCACUACUGAACUUAAUGGAAAUCAGAAUUUGAAGAAAAAUGAUGCCAAAAAGAUAGUUCAAGAUAAUGGUACAAGUGGAGCCUCAGAGUCAGAGAACAGUAAUGCUUUUCAUAAGAAGUUGGUUCAAGGUGAGAAAGCAGAUGAUUUGAAUUGUGCAUUGCCAACAGAUGGGAUGCAAGGAACUCAGACCUACCCGAGGAAUGUUCCUGUACACGUACUGGAUGGGAGCCUAGGAGCAUGUAAUCAAAUUACUCCAGCAGAUAUGUCAUUCGCGGAUACUGCUUUUCAUCCUAUGGGCAAGGUUCAUGGACAGCCUAACCUUUUUGCAAAUCCAACUGCAUCUACUACUACUGAACAUGAAAGUAAUACAUCAAGAUCUUCUGUUCACCAAUCAUUUCCAGCUUUUCACCCUCCCUUCACCCCAUUACACCAUGGUCAAAAGGAUUACCAGUCAUUUCUGCACAUGUCCUCCACAUUUUCAAGUCUUAUUGUGUCUUCUCUGUUACAAAACCCUGCAGCCCAUGCUGCAGCUAGCUUUGCAGCCACAUUUUGGCCUUAUGCAAAUGCAGAAAAUACAGAAGAUUCUCCGGCAUGCCCCCCUGGAGGUUUUCCAUCUAGGCAAAUGAACUCCCCUCCAAGUAUGGCAGCAAUUGCUGCUGCCACCGUAGCUGCUGCAUCUGCAUGGUGGGCAUCCCAUGGAUUGCUUCCCUUGUGCGCUCCUGUUCAAACUGCUUUUAGCUGUCCUCCUGUGUCCAUGACUGGGGUUCCAUCAAUGGAUACUGGUGAAGCUCCUGCAGCCAAUAUAGAGAGAGGAGAGAAUUCUCUUCAAAUUCCUUCCUUGCAGGAUCAACAAGUGGACCCAGAACACUUGGAAGCUGUGGAAGCUCAACAUCCAGCUUCAAAAUCACCAAGUAUGUCAUCAUCACACUCUGAUAACGGAGGUGCAGAACCUAAUACUGUACUUAAAGCUGCUGCUGAUGAGAAGGUGGUAGCAUCAACCGACGAAGUUAAUGAUUCAAACAAUGCAAAGAGCAGAAAACAGGUUGACCGUUCUUCGUGUGGUUCCAACACACCUUCCAGCAGCGAAGUAGAGACAGAUGCAUUAGAGAAGCAAGAGAAGGGGAAGGAAGAACUGAAAGAACCUGAUCUAAAUCACCCAGCUUCUGACUCUACUUAUCGUCGCAGUCGAAGUAUCAUCAACAUUAGUGAUCCAUGGAAGGAGGUUUCCGAAGAGGGGCGUAUGGCCUUUCAAGCACUAUUCUCAAGGGAGGUAUUGCCCCAAAGUUUUUCACCUCCCCCUAAGGACAAAGAGCAUCAGACCACUACAGAAGGAAAGGAAAAUGCUGAGGAGAAAGAUGAAGAUGCAUCACUAUUAGACCUAAACAAAAAGACAUGGGUGCCAUUUUCUUGCCACCUGGGAGUGGAGAAAAAUGUGUCACCCGUAGGAGACAAUGAUGCAGAGGGGCUGCUGACAAUAGGACUUAGCCAGGGAAAACUUAAGGCUCGUCGAACAGGAUUCAAGCCUUACAAAAGGUGCUCGGUAGAGGCCAACGAGAACAGAGCAGCCAAUGCCAUCAGUCACUGUGAAGAGAAAGGUCCCAAGAGGUUACGCUUGGAAGGGGAAGCUCAAACUUGACAUUUGGCAUUGCAUUGCAAAUCAAAGGAAACCUUUGUUGUUGCAUGCAAUCUAAUAGUUUCCCCCUAAUUUAUAUAUUGUUCCUUUGUGUUUCAUUUCAAGUCCAGCAGAUCAGAAACUUGCCUUGGUGUGUACCAUAUAUAAUCUACAUUUGUUCAUUAACUAUGUUGAACCCUUGGAACUGCGCUUGAAAGAUUUCCUUAAUUAGACUUUAGCUAAGAAACGUUUUAAGUAUUUGAUGGUCCUUGAUAUGCCCA